AUGUUUUGAUAAAAGAUUUAUGGAUGCGAUUUGAACGUUCACUCAAAGUGCCGAGUGCACCAACAUGGUGAUGUGUUCUUCAUUCCCAUGGCUAAUCGUCGCUCUUUUUCAUGCCAUGUCCCCUCCUCCAAUAUCGUCUGUUUCCUCUUUAGGGUUUCGAAGCUACGGUCUAUGGUUUUAUUGCCACGUAUAUAAUACAAGGUAUUGUAUCCUAGGUCAGCCUUUCAGAAUAAUGGUUUUGAACUUUACGAUCUCUUGCAGCGCCCACCGUGGCGACAAGCGAUAUGUUGAGGCGUGACGUCAGACCAACGUACUUAAACAAACAACACCUACGCAAAGUUCACCCCGCGAACACGUCUCCAAACCAUAUCACACCAACCCCACACUUUCAGAUUCUCAGAAUGGCAGCCCAAGCACCAGCGAUAUACAAAAACAUCAUAAUCUCUGGCGGGGCCCGAGGGAUUGGUCGAGCAUUGACUCGGAUGAUGCUCGAAGCUGGCCACCACGCCUACAUCUUCGACAUCGAUGAAGACGAGCUCGAGCAUACUACCAAGGUUCAUCUCAAACAGUACUACGCCGACGGCAGGCUUGGUUCGGCGAUCUGCGACCUUCGCAAUGUCGACGACAUUCGUGCCAAAGUCAAAGAGGCGGCCAAGUUCUUUAAUGAUCGUAUUGAUGUCCUGAUCAACAACGGCGGUAUCGCAAGUCCACAGUGGAGGGAUGGCAAGACUAUGGAGGACCUCUCGACCAUCGAUGAGUGGAAAGCGUACAUCGACACCAAUCUUACUGGCCCUUUCGCCAUGUCUCAAGCUUGCAUUCCGUACAUGAAGGCACGAGCAUCUGAUUUCGAGCAUGGUGCGCAUAUCCAGAACGCGAACAAUUCCAGUCCUGCAGGUCCAUGCAUCAUUCACAUUGGCUCCUUCCGUGCACACCAGUCGGAUCCAAACCAGGAGGGGUAUGCUUCAAGCAAGGCGGGUCAACUUGGGUUGAUGCACUCAAUGGCAAUCAGCCUAGGUAGCCUCGGUAUUCGAGUCAAUCUCAUCGCACCUGGACGCAUCAAGGUUGCACAUGAGAGCAAAGAAGGUGACGAGAACGGUGCGGACUGGGCAGGUCAGAUCAGUGAGAAGGACGUGUCUGAUCACCCGACAAACAGAGCUGGAAGACCGAAGGACAUUGCCGACGCUGCACUGUAUCUCAUCGAGGCAGGCUUCGUUACAGGACAGGAUAUCACUGUCGACGGAGGAGCACUACGGAAGAAGAAUGCCUAAGUGUGUGACAAAGUCAGUAUUCGAAGGAAUGUAUAGAUCCAACAUGAAAACCAAGGGAUGAUACGCAGUUGCAUAAUUGAUACGAAAUACCCAACGAGAGUAAUGACUUUUUCGAGAUGGA